CCCUCACAUUGCACCCCUGCCGCCUCCCUCGCUGUCCACCGCUUCUCUCAGCCAGACGUCCACGAGCCUUCCGCACCAUCACACCACCACCCCCGUACCUCUACCGAAAGCACAAUGUCGAACAAGAAGAGCGAGGACCUUGAGAAGGGAGGCAAUGGGUCGGCUGAGCACGAGAGCUUUCUGCCCAAGUCGGCGCCUCACUACCGCGCUCGCGUCGAUGGCGGCACGAGCGGCCUUCUUGCGCGGCUCGACAAUAGUCCCGGCGCUGCUGUUUUGGCUUAUUGCUUCUCCUCGAUCAGCAUGACCGUCGUGAACAAGUACGUCGUGUCGGGCUCGUCUUGGAACUUGAACUUUCUCUAUCUGGCUACUCAGGCCGUCAUCUGUACAGUUGCUAUCUUGGCCUUGCAGCAUGCGGGGUUCAUCGUCAAUCUCGCCGCUUUUGAAGGCCACCGAGCGAGGAGAUGGCUCCCCGUGUCCGCCGUUUUUGUCGGCAUGAUCUAUACAAGCACCAAGGCUCUGCAAUACUUGUCGGUUCCGGUGUACACCAUCUUCAAGAAUUUGACAAUCGUGGUCAUUGCAUACGGCGAGGUUCUGUGGUUUGGCGGCAAUCUCACCUCGCUACUUCUGCUGUCCUUUGGCUUCAUGGUGCUCAGCUCGGUUGUGGCCGCGUGGGCUGAUAUUCAGGCUGCCCUGAGCGGCGUGGGGCACUCAGGUGAGACGGCUGCUGCCAUCUCCACCUUGAAUGCCGGCUAUGUGUGGAUGGCGCUCAAUGUCUUCUGCUCGGCCACGUACGUCCUGGGUACGCGCAAGUUUAUCAUGUCAAUGAAAUUAAAGGAGUGGGAUACCAUGUUCUACAACAACCUGCUCUCCCUGCCCAUUCUGAUCAUCUGCUCCCUGCUCGCCGAGGACUGGUCUAUGGCCAAUCUGGCGCGAAACUUUCCCGCCGAGUCGCGAAACCACCUGAUGGUGGGCAUGUUCUACUCUGGCCUCGGUGCCAUCUUCAUCUCCUACUCAUCGGCCUGGUGCAUUCGCAAAACGUCGUCUACUACAUACUCGUUUGUUGGAUAUUUGAACAAGCUUCCCCUCGCCAUCAGCGGCAUUGUGUUUUUUGACACACCCGUCACGUUCGGUAGCGUGUCGGCUAUUCUGCUGGGAUCCUUUAGUGGCCUCAUUUACGGCUAUGGCAAAAUGAGGCAAAAGGAACAGUCCAAGCAGGCCCUCCCCAUCUCUCAACCGCCCAUGAGCGCCAGCUCUCAGAGCCAGAAGGAUGCAUCCAAGUUGUGAACCAAGAUUGCCCCGCGCUAUGGUGACAGACGAGCAAUUCGCUCUCGGCUUACGUUAAGUUGUUGACAAUAUCAACAACACGCAAGCCAGCAGCAACAAAUUGGACGCAGUCAAGAGGCAUUUGGACAUGGACAGCAUGCCCUGCGAGUAAUUGUAUAUCGCAUUGAAAACCCCGGUGGAGAAGAGAUCGCAAGCACAUAAAAAUUUACGUAUAACAAGAUGCCCACCUGUCGCAUCGGAGUGCUGCCAAAUUACGACCAGCGCUCGAAUAAUCCUGGCCCAUAUUCACAUCCACGUACUGCAUUCUGGUGCACAUAGUCGGCACGAUCGGUGCUCUCAUCGGUCGCCAGUCCAUAACGUCACACUAU